AUGGACGACCCCAAGGAGGCGUUCGUCGUCAAGAUGGGGGAGCUCCGGGCCAUGGGCGACGCGGCCGUGGAGCGCCACCGCGACGAGGACCAGCGGCCCGCGCAGGUCAAGGGCCUCCGCGACACCUCGGCCGCGCUGCUGGCGCGCGCGCGCCAGGACGCGGCCGGGGCCAGACAGAGGGGCGUGGAACCCGAGAGGCUUCGGGACCUCGAGCAGGCCUGCGUCAGGGCCACCGUCUGGCUGGACCAGAUGCUGGCGAAACAGGCGAAGGUGCCGAGGCACGAGGACCCAGUGCUCACCUGCUCGCUGCUCGAGGCUCGCAGCAAGCAGUUGGCGAGCCUGGCGGACACGGUCUACAACGGCGCCCCCGCGCCUGCCGCGGCGCCCAAGGAGACCCCCGCGACCGCGACGGCGGCGCCGCCAGACAGCCAGGCGGCUCCCAACGGCGACACCAACGACGACUCGAACGGCGGCAGUCGACGUCGCCACUGCCAAGGCUUCGGGGCUGCCCAAGGCGUCCCCACAGGCCGUCGACGUCGCCACUGCCAAGGUGCCCCCACAGGCACCGCCGCAGGCUGGCCUCCUCGCCCGCCGAGGCGCCGGCGCAGCCCCCGCAGGGGCUGUCCAAGUCGUCGCCGCCCCCCCCGGCGAUGGCCCCUGCCGCGCCGCUGUCCAAGCCGGCGCCCCAGCGUCUGCCGCGGGGAGGCGGCGAGGGAGUCCCCGAGGGCUCGGCAAGAGCACGGCGAGCGGCCUUCGUUCCCGCCGCCGCCCCCGCCGCCCCCGCCGCCCCCGCCGGGCCGCCCGAAGGAGGGGCGGGCUUCUCCCAGGACGCGGGCUGACCCGCUUCUGGCGGGCUCGCUGGGCGGGCGACUAGAACCACCGGGCGGUGAGGACUCCGCUUCUUCCUUGUCCUCCUCCACGUCUUUCUCGCGGAGGGCUGGGGCAGCUCGCCCCCCUCGCCCUGCCCCCCCCGGGCGCGCUGCCGAGCUCUGGCGGAGUGCACCUUCCGCCGCCCCGCGGCCGCCGCGCAAUCGCCGCCCCCCCGCUCUGCUGCGGCGGGCGGGGGCCCGCGCUGCCGUGGCGGGCGGCGGAGGAGGCGCCCCUGGCGCUGCCCGCUCCGCCGCCGUGCGGCGCCCGUGCGGCCGCCGCUCCCGGCCGAGCGCGUUGCAGCGCACGAGGGCGCGGGGACGGGGGAGGUCGGAGGGGGUUGGCGCUUGGACAGGCGGGGAGAGGUCUGCAGCAGCGGCGCGAUUGUAG